AUGUCCUUGGAGGAAUGCCUCGGUGAUGCCAAGUCCCGUCUCGUCAUGGUCGCUUUUGUAAAGUUCCGUGAUUCUGAAGACGCAGAACUCAUGAAGAUUUUGGAGGGUAUUAACAAGGAAAAUAAGCGUCUUGUUAUCCUGGCAGUGGACGCUACCAAAAAUAUUAAACUUGCCCAGGAAUUCAACGUGACUGCCUGCCCCACCUUCCUCUUCUUCCGUAAUCGAGUCCUGUUGGGCUCCCGAGUCACAUCGAAAGAAGAAAAACUGCGGAAGGACAUCGAGAAGUACAGCAAGGUCUUCGUAUCGAUGCAAGAGCAGCAUAUGCGUCUGGAUGAGUGUCUUAUCAGCGCCAAAGCUCGCCUCGUCAUGACGGCGUUUGUGGACCUGAAAGAUGAAGAAAAUACCGAGAUCAUGCAUCUUUUAGAGGACAUAAGCCGUGAAAACAAGCCUAAUUAUCUACACUUGCAGAUCGAUAUGUCCUUUGAGGAGUGCCUUAGUACUGCCAAGGCCCGUCUCGUCAUGGUUGCUUUUGUGAAUUUCCGCGAUCCUAGCAAUGAAGACGUAAUGAAGCUUAUGCAGGAGAUAAGCAAGGCAAAUAAGCGUAUAGUGGUUAUGGCGGUGGACGCAAGCAAAAACAUGGCUCUUGCCCGGCAGUUCAACGUGACGAUGUAUCCCACCUUCAUCUUCUUCCGUAAUCGAGUCGUGGUGAGUGACAUAAUUUUAACCUUUUUCACUGAAAACUGUAUAUUACUGAAAAUUGUGGCUCAGACGGAUGGGGCAACACAUAAUUUAGGAAAUAUAGUUCACUCUCCUGUGCUACCAUUAACAGUUCUGAAUCUAUAUAAUCUAUAA